AUGUCCUUUGACAUCACAAUUGGUGCCACGAGAAUCACCCACUCUCAGGGUUACCCAAGCACCAAAUCAGAAUUGAAAGCAGCCGAAACCCUAAUCAACGGGCUCGCCACCUUGCUGAACCAGAGUCUCAAGUCCAGUACACCUGAAAUGGACGAGUCGUCUCCACCCACGACCUCAUGUCCAUCUCUGCCGCGGGAGCAGGAACGUGCGACGCCUCUCUCACCACGUUGUGUGUGCAGCUCUUCGAAAUCCCCCAAGGGUGAGGAAUCGGCCGUCGAACCCGACAAGGUUGAUCAAGACGUAGAUGAACCGUCGAAGAAGCCAGACCCUGGUGGCGGUCUCUCCAAUGUGCCGCCUAGGAAGCUUGCUUGCCCCUUCUACCAACACGACCCCGACGGGCACUUUCGAAAAGAAUACUGUACAGAUUCUGGAUUUUCCAACGCGGAUGAAGUCAGGCAGCAGAGAAAGCUUCUGCGAAGACAAAUCCAUGGAACCGAAGAACAGCAGUGGCGUGCCAUCUACGGUACCCUAUUUCCUGAUGAACCGAGCGAAGUCAUGCCGUCUCCGUACUUUGGAACCGUUCCAUUGAAUACCGAAAUCAGUGAAAAGAAAGAAGAAAAGGUAAACAAUGCGCAGCAGCAGCAGCACUUCCGCCUCCAGCUUCCGCACGUCCUGGACCGACGCUUCGUCGCAAACCCAACGAUUUCGGAAUCGGAAACUCCGAUAGCGGAUCCGACGACACGGGAUCGACGGGGAGAGGACGGGGAAGGGGCCACCGUCGACGUCUUACGGGGCGCCCAGAAGGAGCUGUACCGGAACUUCCGCUCCAUCCGUCAACUCACCAUCGACGACUUUUACGACUUGACGCCGCCGUCACCUCGGGCGCCGGUCGACGAUGCUGCAGGCUCAGGUCAGCCAGACGAGUCGAGAGACCGGCAGCAUUCGCAUGAUAGCUCUGACUUCGGAGUGCUGACCGAGUCCUCUAGGUCUGGGUCCAUCCAGUCGAGCGGGUUUGUGUAUGCGUCUGAUGAGUUUUCCGUUAGUGAAGCAGAGGAUCGGGGGACGUUUUUUCAGAGAUCUGGGGCGGAUCGGUGUUGA